AUGUCUACGUCGCUAGGAACAUUCCGCGCUGUCUAUCUUGUUGCACUAUGUUGCGUUGGAUCCUUUUGUUUCGCCUAUGAUACCGGCAUCGUGGGUGGAAUACUCACCUUCAAGAGUUUCCAACAUGACUUCAAGUACACCGAGGACCAACGAGCGUCUGUUGGUUCCAACUCAACCAGUCUUCUCCAAGCAGGCGCCUUCUUCUCCUGCUUCUUCAUCUGGCCUUUUACUGCGAAAUACGGACGGCGAUGGUCCCUCAUCUUGGCAUCCAUUAUCUUCAACAUCGGCGCCAUCAUCCAGACGAUCAAUACAGGUUCUCUCGGUGCCUUCUAUACCGCCCGUAUUAUCAGCGGUGUAGGUGUUGGUAUGGCUACUGUUAUUAUCCCAAUGUACUCGGCCGAGAUGGCGCCAAAGAACAUUCGUGGCAUGCUGGGCAGUAUGUUCCAGUUCUUCUUUACAAUGGGCGUCAUGACAUCUUACUGGAUCGACUACGCGGUCAAAGAACACAUGCCUGAUGUAACCGCGCAGUGGCAAAUCCCUGUCGGCCUGCAGAUCGUCCCCGGUGCCAUUUUGGGACUGGGAAUGCUCUUGACCAAGGAGAGCACAAGAUGGUUAGCUAAGAAUGGGCGUCGGGAAGAGGCAAUGGAAUCACUUGCCUGGGUCCGUGGCGGCGAGUCCGACGAAGUUAGACAAGAGUUUGCAGAAAUUCUUGCAGGGCUAGAGGAGGAAGCGAGAGACAAGUCUGGUGUGAGUUGGAAAGAGGUGAUCCUCCCGACCAACCGGAUGCGUCUCUUCAUUAUCAUUGGUCUACAAAUCGAUGCGCCACAGAUUUUCUCUCUGGUAGGAGCCGGCCAGAAUAGUCUUCUUAUUACGGGAUUUUUCGGCGUAGUCAAGGUUAUAUCCUGCCUUUUCUUCCUUCUAUUCUUGGUUGAACGAAUUGGCCGUCGCGGCUCGCUCUUUGCGGGCGCUUUCCUUAUGGGUUCUUAUAUGCUCAUCGUGGCUAUUCUUACUGUCAAGUUUCCCCCCGACCCAGCAAAGGGUCUGACAAGUUCGUCAAUUGCGUCCUUGACAAUGAUCUACCUUGAAGCAAUGAGCUAUAACAUCUCGUGGGGACCAGUACCUUGGGCCUACAUGGGUGAGAUAUUCCCCAACCGCAUUCGAGAGGCAGGAAUUGCUAUUGGUACUUCUACUCAAUGGCUCUUUAACUGCGUGUUCUCGUUGGCAACGCCCUAUGCCGUGAAGAACUUGGGCUGGAAGACCUUCCUGAUGUUUGGAAUUUUUAAUUACGCUCUUGUCGUCUUCGUGUUCUUCUUUAUCAAGGAGACCAAGGGCAAGUCGCUCGAGGAAAUGGAAGCCUGUAAGUCACAACACCAAGACCCAGUUCAAAUUCCAAAAUGA